AUGCUGCGGUCAGCAAUUGUCCACGCACAAGCCAGGCUAUCCCUUUCUUGAAGGAGCACCAUCGCCUCUCUUCCUUAUCUUCCUCAGACUAAACUAACCAAUCUACUUUCAGUUCUAACUCAAUCUCAUCAAACAUAUUUCAACCCACUUCAACCAAUUCUCUUUCUCUCUAAUGGCUUCCCUCACUUUUCAAAACCUCUCUCUCCCAUCUUCACUUCCCAUUCAAACUAUUAAAACCCCAUCUUCUUCAAGCUUCUCAAUUCUCUCAAAGUCAUCACAAUCUCAAUUCUAUGGACUCACUCUCUCUUAUUCUUCCAGUUUGUCAAUCCCAUCUUCCACUUCACUCAAGACUUCCAUUUCUGCUAAGGUUAACAAAGGUCAGGUGCCACCUGCAUUCACAUUGAAAGAUCAGGAUGGGAAGAAUGUGAGCCUUUCCAAAUUUAAGGGGAAGCCUGUGGUUGUCUACUUUUACCCUGCUGAUGAGACCCCCGGCUGCACCAAACAGGCAUGUGCUUUUAGGGAUUCGUAUGAGAAAUUUAAGAAAGCAGGAGCUCAGGUUGUUGGGAUAAGUGGUGAUGAUCCGUCAUCACACAAGGAAUUUGCAAAGAAAUACAGACUUCCUUUUACCUUGCUGAGCGACGAGGGCAACAAGGUGAGAAAAGACUGGGGAGUGCCUGCAGAUCUGUUUGGAGCAUUGCCUGGGAGACAGACUUACGUUCUAGACAAGAAUGGGGUGGUUCAACUCAUCUACAACAACCAGUUCCAACCUGAAAAGCACAUUGAUGAGACCUUGAAGCUUCUUCAAAGCCUUUGAAAUUCUAAAUUCGGAACUCUUGUUUUUCUUCUUGUUAUCCCUUAUAUAUUUUUCUCUUGGAGUUAGAUAAGUAUCUGUAAUUACCUUAGCUGUAAAGAAAUGGGUCCGAACCCUCAAUUUCUCGAGGAAGUCAAUUUCCCCGACAUUUAUGAGAAAUUAAAAUGUUUUGUUUUUGGUGAAGAAAAUCAACAUUUGCUGCA